AUGUGUCAGAAGUAUUCACUUAUCAAGUUGAACUGUUUAAAUUGGAUACAAUUGAAGAGAAUUCAAUACUUUAAAAUUGAUAGUAAUAACAAGGGUAGCAGUAAUUAUAAUUAUCAAAUCUCAGAAUCAAAGCAGAAACUGUCAGCUAUUGAAACCAGAAGAAUAAUAUCAUCAACGCUAACAUCAUAUGAAAAUAAAAGUAAUCGUGAAAAAUGUUGUUAUACAACCACAACCACAACAACAAAUGCCAAAUUUAUGUAUCAACAAUAUUAUUAUUAUUACUUUUACAAAAAAACCAACUUUGUCAUUAAGUUCUUUUCUAGUUUUUUUAUAAUAAUGAUGUUAUUUUGUACAGUAAAUUCAUCCUCAUCCUCAUUGGCAUCGGCAUCGGCAUCCCUAUCCUCCGCCCUAUCAUCACCAGUAUCAUCUAACUCCUCCUCAUCAGCUUUAUCAUUAAGUGUAUCUCCUGGCAUAUCACCUAAACGCGUGGUACGUGCACCGAUUACUAGUAGACAUCAGUCAAUCAAUCCAAGAUUGUUACGUGAAAUUGGUGAAGGGACAUUACGUAUUGGUGGUGUUUUAACUCAACUACUCGAUGCUAUUGAAUUCUCAGUUGUCCAGGAAAGAACAGAUCCUUAUUUAAAUAUACAAUAUUUCAUUGGAUACAAUAGAUCUGCAUGGUUCACUGUUACACCGUGUACAAAUGUACUCAAUCGAGCUGAAUUUGUCGCAUCAUCUGCGUUCAAUGAACCAUGGGAAGAAAGUAAAACCUACGGUCUACAAUUAACUAAAGUAAAAACGUAUACCUCGAAAUGGCCUAACCAAAAAGUACGCAUUGAACCAUUCCCAGGUGAAAAAGAUCCACCGAAUUAUAUAUUAAAAAAUAAUAAGGAUACUAUCGUAAAUAUAUUUCGUUCACGACUUCAUUAUACACGAAGUAAACAUGAAAGAGAUAGUAUAAAUCUACGCUUAUACAGUCAACUUGGUGAUGCAUAUACCGUUCGAAUGAGCACACGUCGUUCACCGAAUCAUGCCUAUGAUGGCUAUCCUAUACUGGACAAAUCUUUAUCAGUAUCUGCAUGUUUAUUACAAGAUACAAAUGAUACACUGGACGUGUCAUGGAAUCGUGCAGUCAGUAAUUAUAUGCGUAUAAAUUACUGUGUGGUUGUCAACGCAGAAGAAAAUCUCUACUACCGGUGUACAGCAAUGGCCAGGUUAAAUCAGUCGGUUAAUUAUGCACGAAACGGAGAAGACGAUGAAUUUAAACGACCAAAAGUGUUUCAAGAAACUGAUCAUUUACGACCAAGAUUAAUUGAUAAUUAUGUAUAUAAAUGUGGCAUGAAAUCAAUAACACGAAUUAGAUUAUCCCCUGCACUUACAAUGAUUUUAAAUCAAUUACCGCUGAAUCAUUCCCUCAAGCUGUUCAUCAAUGUAUAUGCAAUCAAUAAACACAUGGAUAUUAGUACGGCAUAUCCUGUUCGAAUUAUUCAACACGGCAUAGAAAGAUGUGAUGCACGACGUAAGUUGGAUGAAAUCCAAGUUGUCUAUGAACCGCAUAAAUUCUCUUUAUUAUGGAAUUCUGAUGUCUCGUUUAAAUGGGAGCAUAAUAAGCAAACUGGCCAGUUGUAUUAUCAACCGUGUAGUUUACCUAGGGACAAAUCGAUGAAUUAUACAAUUUCAUUGGCUAGAAAGAUACUUUCAAGGAAUUCGCCUACAACAUCAAAUUCAAUGGAAAAAAAGUGUGAAUAUUCAAUAAACAAUCAUUAUGUGUUUCGGUUGUGUUUAAAUUCAUCAGAAGAUGGCGUCUACUAUAUGCAGCUGAACGGUGAUGUGAAAUUCAAAAAUGGAUUACCAGUUGGCAGAUAUUUUUUCCUCUCAUCGAAUGCUACCAGCAUUCUACCACAAAAACCAGAACAAACAUAUUAUCCUACAGAUAUAUCAAGUAUAGCUACCCAACCAUCAAGUAAUCAAACAAUCUUUCAAAUCCCACCAUUCCUAUUACAAAAUAGUCGACAUUAUCAACAUUUCAGGAGUUAUCGUGCUAAACGUGAUUAUUACCAUUAUUAUUAUCAUAAACAUCAUCACCAUCUUUUCAAUAAUCAUCAUCCUUAUUAUCAUUAUUUGAAUCGAUUAAAAUCAAAACAUAAAAAAUCGAAGCAAGAAUUAUUUAAAUAUAAAUUUAUUAAAAUGAAUCGAUAUUUAAGAGAGAAUAUUCCAUCUAGUUAUAGUGCUACUGCCACUUCUAAUCCUCCUUCUUCUUCUUCCAUUAUUCCAUCGAAUACGGACCAAGCCAAUCAGCAAAAUGUACACAUUCCAAGUAUACUGACACGUCGACUAAGAAAAAUCUCGUUGAAAAACGGUUUUCAAAUUGGUAUAGACUGUACACUACACCAGGUGUAUAUUAGUUUAUCAAUACAUAUUGAUCCACAUAAUUAUUGGAUAUAUACAAUACCGUUGGCGUGUAAUCUUACGGAUAACAUAUCAUUUAUGCUGGAUUAUAUCAAUAAUAUGACAAACUACUGUGAAUUUCCAGACUAUGCCGUGUCCAUGAGAAUUCGACAAACCUACAAACCAAUCCAUUGUCAAACAACUCAAGGUAUGCACACUCUAGAAUUGACUAUACCAGCUUAUCAUCGUCGAGAUUAUCCACGGUAUUAUUUAGUGCUAAUCUAUGCCUCAAGCGUGGAUGAUAUAACCGGGAAUUAUAAACAACUUUUUGUACGUCAAAUAUUGGAUACAUGUAAUAUUAUCUCGAACGGGUGUUAUCCUAAGGCAUUAUCAAAUUGUCGUCAAAAUUUUCCAUCACAUCUACCUCCAACCUUUGAUCCACUGAUGUCUAGUUCAGUGAUAUUGAAUUCAAAUUCAUCUAGUCAGAUACCUGUUUGUAUGAUUGGUGAAUAG